UUGAAAAAGUUUAGAGAGUUAGUGCUGAGUUUAAGGACUUAAAACACACAACAAAAUGUCUGGCAUUGCACUUGGUCGUUUGGGUGAAGAAAGAAAAGCAUGGAGAAAAGAUCAUCCAUUUGGAUUUGUAGCCAAACCAACAAAAAAUCCAGACGGCACACUAAAUCUUUUAAAUUGGGAAUGUAAAAUACCAGGCAAGAAGGGAACACCAUGGGAGGGUGGUUUGUACAUGUUGCGAAUGCUGUUUAAAGAUGAUUAUCCUAGUUCUCCACCUAAAUGUAAAUUUGAGCCACCUUUGUUUCAUCCAAAUGUCUAUCCGUCUGGUACAGUAUGUCUUUCAUUAUUGGAUGAAGAAAAAGAUUGGCGUCCUGCAGUCACAAUAAAACAGAUUUUACUGGGUAUCCAGAAGUUGCAGAAUGAGCCUAACAUAAAAGACCCUGCUCAAGCUGAGGCAUACACAAUUUAUCGUCAAAAUCGUGCUGUGUAUGAGAGACGAGUGAGAGAACAGGCUUCCAGAUACAGGGACCCAACUUCUCGAUAGGAUUGUCAUUUAAGAACAUGAGGCAUUUAUCCUUAGUAUACUGGCCCACAUUGUUACAGCUGAACAUGUAUAGUCUAAAAGGAUACAUCAGUGGAGUUUUCUCAGUUUUUGUACUUUUUGUCAACUUAUUACUUUGAGUCAUAUUUUGUCCUGAAAAACCUUUAUGUAUGAUAUUGAAUAAAUAGUCAAUGAUU